AUGUCAAAUUUUGAUAAAUCUUAUGAUGUUGUAGUUGUUGGUGGUGGACCAAUUGGUCUUUCUGCCGCUUAUCAUUGUGCUAAAGCAGGAAAAAAAGUUUUAGUACUUGAAAAAUCAAUUUUUUUUAACAGUAGUGGUUCAAGUGGUGACUUUGUAAGAAUGUUACGUACAAUGUAUACCGAAGAUUUUAUGGCCGAUUUAGCUAAAGAGACUCUUGGUCUUUGGGAAGAACUUCAACAAGACUCUGGUGAAGGAAUGUUGGUUUGGAUGUCUGGUCUCUUAAAUUUUGGUGAUCCAAAUUAUGGUGCUGGUGGUCCAGAAGGUAGUACAUUAAUGGACCCAAUUAAAAAUCUUGAUAGAUUAGGAAUGCCAUAUACACUUUUAACCAGUAAGCAAAUUAUGGAACAAUAUCCAUUCAAAAAUUUACCAGAUUAUUUCCAAGGUAUUCAUGCUCCAGAUAAUGGUGUUAUCAAUGUUCCAUUACUCUUACGUACUCUCUAUAGAUUAUCUGCUGCUUAUGGUGCUCGUUUAGUUCAAUAUGCCGAUGUUAAAAAAAUAACCAACAAUGCCACCAAAGGUGGUGUUGAUGUUGAGUUUGUUCUUUCAAAUUCAGAAGGUGAAGUUCUUGAAACAGUUACUGUUCACAGUGCAAAAGCUGCUAUUACUACCAAUGCUUUUUCAAAUCAAGUUUUACAACCAUCAUUUGGUUUUAAAUUAGAUUUAAAUAUUUGGGAAAUGGUAUACAACUAUUUUAACUGCAAUCCAGGCCCAGAUGGAUGUGUCUUCAAAUCAAUGUGGUUCCAAUUUCUUGGUGAUACAGAUAAUGAUCCAACAAAGAAUAAUUUAUUCUAUGGUUUCCCAGCUACUCCAUGGAGUGUUCCAAAUGCUCAACGUAUUGCUGUAGAUUAUGCUCUCCGUCAAAUUAGUGACCCAAAUGAAAGAAGAGAAGGUCCAGAACCACACGAUAUUAAACUUACUCGUGAUUUUAUCAAGAAUUUUGUUGUAGGUGUAGAGUGUGAUAAUCCAUGCUUCACAGGUUAUGCUUUACAAACCAAUGUUUAUGAUAACAUGUUUGUUUUAGAUUUUGUUCCAAAUACAAAUAGCAAUGUAGCAAUCUUUUGUGCUGGUUGGGCUAUGAAAUUCACACCAUUAAUCGGUAAAAUUUUAAAACAAUUAUUGGUUGAUGGUAAAACAGAUUAUGAUAUUUCACACUUUGCCAUUACUCGUGACAACAGUCGUCUUAUUAUUAAAGAUAACGAAGCUCCAAAAGUUAGACUUCAUGCACCACAUGGUUCAUCUGUUCACUGUGCCCCAAUUCCACUCGUUGAAGAAACUCCAGAUGCUGCUGGCUUAGCUGCUCCAAGACCAUCAAUUAGAUCAAUGUUUGCUAAAACUCUUUUACAAAGAACUGUAACCCACGAACCAGCUAAAUUAUCACAAGUUAUUUCAAAUAACAGAUCCUUAAGACAAAAGAAAUCCCUUAAAACUCUCCCAUCAGUUGGUAUUAUUGGUGCUGGUAUGUCUGGUUUAUAUGCUGCUAUGAUUCUUCAAGAUUUAGGUAUCGAUUAUCAUAUUUUAGAAGGUAACAAAGACAGAUAUGGUGGUAGAAUUUACACCUACAGAUAUCCAAAACUUGAAAAACAACCAUACCCAUAUGUUGACUUGGGUGCUAUGCGUUUCCCAAAACUUGAAAUAAUGGAUCGUCUCUUAUCAGAUCAACCAUGGUCACUUUUCUCAAAAUUAGAAAAAGCAGGUCACAAAAUCCCAACUGUUCCAUACCAUCUUUCAAAUGACAAUAAUAUCAUUUACUACAAUGGUAAACGUAUCUACCGUAAAGAUUCUCUCAAAAAUGAUCCAUUAUACUUUAGUGAUACUCAUAAUGGUGGUCAAGGUACAGCAGUUCCAGAUAAAUAUUGCAAUGUUCCAUACACUGAAAUCCUUUACAAAGAGUAUGAUAAGUUUGCUGAUGAUAUGGCCAAUGACUUUGAUGGAGGUUUCAAAAAGUUAUUAGAAGCUGAUAACAAUUCAACAAGAGCUUAUUUAUACAGCAAGGGUUAUGAACAACCAGCUAUUAAUUACUUUGAAACUAUGGAAACAGGUAGUGGUCUCUAUGAUAUGGCUUUCAGCGAAACAAUCAUGGAUUACUUUGAUUUCAGUGGUUCAGAAUGGUUAGCUAUCGAGGGUGGUUCAGAUGUUAUGGUUAACUCAAUGAUAAAAACAUUAAAAUCAGCCAAUAUCGAAAAAGGUAAAUUUGUUACUAAAGUUACUAAACAUGGAGAUGGUGUAACAACUGGUUUAGAUGUUUACGUCAAGGGUGAAACCAAACCACGUACUUAUGGCCAUGUUAUCAGUACUGGUACAUUAGCAUCAUUACGUAAGAUGGAUUUAGAUGAUUUAAAUCUUUCACACAACAAGAGAUUAGCUAUCCGUACUCUCCAUCACGAUCAUUCAGUCAAGAUUACUCUUGCCUUCAAUAAGCGUUGGUGGGAAGAUUCAACUUUCAUGAAAGGUAAACCAAUCUUUGGUGGUACAACAUCAACAGAUCUUCCAGUUCGUAAUAUUGUUUAUCCAUCAUAUGGUACUGGUGUUAAAGAUGCUGCAGGUGUUUUAAUUGUCAGUUACACUUGGGCUCAAGAUGCUUCAAGAAUCGGUAGUUUAGUAGGUGAUGAAGUAGGUGAAAAAGAAUUAAUCGAACUUUGUAUGAAUAAUUUAGCUCAAGUUCAUGACAUUCAAGUAUCAGUAUUAAACAAAAUGCUUGUCGACUUUAAAUGUUGGGAUUGGUAUAACGAUGACUUUGCUAUGGGUGCAUUUGCAUUAUACUCACCAGCUCAAUUUAGUCAACUUUUCCCAUCAUUAACCAAACCAACUCCAGAUGGUAGAUUCCAUUUAGCUGGUGAAGGUACAUCAGUACAUCAUGGAUGGGUUAUUGGAAGUCUUAACUCUGCUUAUCGUGCCGUUGAUCACGUUUUAAUGGUUGAAGGUCUUGACGAUUUACGUAAGAAAUUAAGAGAAAAUUGGGGAACCAUUGAUGAAGUCGAAGAUCCAUACUUUGAAUACAGCGAUAGUAGUUAUGUUGACCCACAUCAUAACCUUAGUGGUCCAAAUGUUAAGAAAUUCAGAUCCAAUAUUUCUAAAGUUGCAGUUGCUCCAAGAUUAAUUGCUGCUUGUCUCUCAAAAAGACAUAAAAUCCCAACUACUGCAGCUGCUAUAGGUGGUUUAGGCAGAUAAAUCGAUAGAUAAUAUCUAAUUGUUUAUUUUUUUUUUAAAAAAAUUUAUAAAAAUUAAUUAAAUGUAAUAAAACAAAAAAAAAAUCUCAAUAAAUCUAGAUGAACGCAUCAAAUAUAAAAAUAAACAAUUUUUAAAUAUAGUCAUAUAUUAAAUCUUUAUAUUAUCAAUUUUUUUAACUCAUCUUUUUUAGAUGAUAUAUUUGUUUAAAAAUAAAAAUGAUUAGUAGUUAUGUAGUUAU